AUGACAGAAUUUCAUGUUACGGUUAUAGGUUCUUUAAACGCCGAUCUAUCUAUAUAUACAAACGUUAUGCCUAAACUCGGAGAAACGGUGACUGGAUCAAAUUUCCUCCUCGGUUACGGCGGGAAAGGAGCAAACCAGUGUGUAGCUUCUAAAAUACUAGGUUGCAAAACUGCACUUGUUGGGAAAGUUGGUGAAGACUAUUUUGGAGAAAUGUUUAUUCAAUACUUGAAACAGCUUGAUGUAAACACUGAUGGUGUAACGAAAUCUUCAAAAUGUGGUACUGGAGUUGCAUCGAUUACUGUUGAAGUUGGGACAGGUGGAAACCAGAUAAUCAUCGUCCCUGGUGCAAAUAUGCUAAUAUCAGAGGAUGACAUCAAUCUCGCAGAACAACAACUUAUGCUCUUCAAUACGAAAGUGAUAAUCUGUCAGUUUGAAAUUAGUCCCCUGGCAACACUCCACAGUUUGAGGCUUGGUCGCGCUCAUGGUGUGAAGACAAUUCUCAAUCCUGCACCUGCACCAACACCAUCUAAAAAUCUCGAGGUGGGGAAUUACGAAUUGUUAGAGGAAAUUCUAUCGAAUUCAGACUUUGUGUGUCUAAAUGAGUCCGAAUUUUGUUCCAUAACGGGAUCGGAUGCCGGAUCAUUCCUCGUGAAAGAUGAGUCGAUCACUUCGUCAACUGUUCAUACCUUUAUACCAGGUCUUAAAUAUCUACUGGAAAAAGAAGUCAAGUGGCCCAUAGUAACACUAGGAAAUAAAGGGGUUAUCGCUACUUUUUCUGGAGAAAAUAUGACAGAUGUAUACAGCGAGGAUGUUAACGUGAUGGCGCACAUUUCUGUAAAGGGCGAAGAAAAGUUGGUAGUACACUUGGCAGCUCCCGAAGUCGCAAAUGUUGCUGAUACAGCGGGAGCUGGAGAUUGCUUUGUGGGUUCGUUGGCUUACUUUGUUGCAUGCCAUGAAGACAUCACACUUGUGGAACAGAUCAGACGGUCAGUAUGGAUCGCCAGUCAGUCAGUUCGUAAAAGGGGAACACAAUCAAGUUACUUAAAAAGGAAUGAACUUCCCAGUACGGUUUUUGGGACAGAAAUGUUUAGUUGGCUAUAA